AUGGCGUUCUAUCGCGGACCGCAAUCGCCCAGGGACGAGCAGUACACGUCGAAUCCCCUCUCACCGCCGCAGAGGAACCCGAACAGAUGGAGCGCAAGCAUGGCAGGCACGAACGAUGUGAGGGGCGCUCUCCACCGACGAUUCACCACCAACACCGUUCCCCAACUGUCGCCAAUUGGUCAGCAGCGGAGACAGGCUGCAGGGGGAGAUGUGCAACAGGUGCCAAAUGGGCAAAACCGAAUCACUCCUUCUGAGCGUGCAGCUCGCCACUACGAAAGCCUUCUUCAAGCACAGCGGAAGAUCCAAGAGGAGCUUGAGAAGGUCGAUGCUGAGACCCGGCGCGAAGUUGACGAGAACAUCCGCCACGAACAAUCGGUCACUCAGCUCUUCGCCCAGAGCGAGCCGACUACGCCUCCAGAAUACUCGAACACCUUCACCAACUUCUCCCGUCCAAACCGCUACUCCACGGCGAGUUUGACGUCACCUCCAGGCAUUGUCACGAGACCAAACCGUGCGAGCACUCAUCUCACUUCACCGACAAUCGGUCUCGCUGGCACGUACAACAACACGAACACUUCCAAUCUACCAUCACAAUCUGUGCCUGGCUCUCGACGCCAGUCCGACGACGAAGAGGACGACGAGGACUUCAUUUACGGCUACGAGAACAACUUCCGCCGUGCGGCGAAUCCAAGCCGCAACUCUAUGCCAAUCACCUCCUACGAUCGCAAGCGAAACACCACCGAUCUCGUACUUGGUCCAGUCAACACCACCGGCUUCCUCUUUGACGACGCUGAGAAGGUCUCUACCCUCCCAACCAAGUCCAACCAGGCCUCACCACCUGAUAUCAAGACAUAUCUUCAAGUGCAGCACACUGCCGACGGCUUCCCCAAGCUCAUCCGUCGUGAAGAGAACGGUGAUAUCUCAUUGUCAUCUGCAGCAGCCCUUGACCUGGCCUCUUCAUCCGCAGACGAGCCGCAGCAGCUAUCCGACCGCGCAACGGCUAGCCGUCACCGCAUUUCCUUGCCACCAAGCGCUCUCAGCGGCAACAUGAGCAUCGCUCCACUCAACAGCAUCCUGGCCAACGCCAACGACGCCCGCAGCACUGCAAACAACCGCCGCUCGAUGGAGGUCCAUUUCUCUGCAGAGACCAAGCGUCCUGGUCUCCUCUCCUCACCGCCUCGUGGCCUCGCAAACGGCUCUCAAGUCCCUCAGUCGUCUUACUCUACCAACGACAUCCCUACCCUCAAGAGCAUCAACGGUGAAGGCCCAGACGGCGGCGUUUCUCUCGCCUCACCGCCCCCUCAGCCAAGCGUCAUCUCCAACACCACUUCACCACAGCAGAACACCGGCGUUCCAACCCAGUUCUCCCCACCCUCCAACCGGCAGAGUCAAGACUUCACCUCACCAAUCAAGCCAAACGAGGGUCAAGACAUCUUCAACCAAGCUCAGUCAGGUCUUCAAGCCAACGCUGCUCCAUUCGGUCCAAACGGUCAAGAGAACGGCCAUACCCAAGGCUUCGGCAGUCCCAACAUGUCUCCAUAUGCUCAGCAACCUGCCUACUACGGUGGCUACGGUGUGCAGAUGAUGACCAACGGCUAUGCCAACAUGAACCUCGGCGGUGGCAAUGGCUACGGUCCACAGGGCCAGUGGCCAAGCCAAGCCAACACCCCAUACUCUCACGGCGGCGGUUACGGCAACUACCAGCAGCAGUUCCCACCAGCCGCUCAAGCUGUCCCCGGUGCUAGUCGCUUCGAGGGUCAGCGUGGCAACGUCCAGCAGCGUCGUCAAGCGGCUGAAGAAGCGCAGGCCAAGUUCAACUCCAUCAAGGUCGAGCAGGUCCGUGGCGAGAUCUACACCCUCUGCAAAGACCAGCAUGGCUGUCGAUUCCUGCAGAGAAAGCUCGAGGAGCGUGGCGAAAACACGGUUCAGAUCAUCUUCGAUGAGGUCAAAGAGCACAUGAUUGAUCUGAUGGUUGAUCCAUUCGGCAACUACCUCUGCCAGAAGUUGUUGGAGAGCGCCAACGACGACCAGCGCACCGUCCUCAUCCAGAACGCCAAGCCCGCGAUGAAGACGAUCGCUCUCAACCAGCACGGCACCCGUGCUCUGCAGAAGAUGAUUGAGUACAUCACCACUCCCGAGCAGACGGCGCUCAUCAUCGAGGCACUCCGCAACGAUGUCGUUGUGCUUAUCCAAGACCUGAACGGCAACCACGUCAUCCAGAAGUGCCUCAACCACCUCUCUUCUCCCGAUGCCUCCUUCAUCUUUGACGCUGUGGGUGACAACUGUGUCACUGUCGGCACUCACCGUCAUGGCUGCUGUGUUCUCCAGCGCUGCAUCGACCACGCCGACGGUCUUCAGAAGGGCAAGAUGGUUGACCACGUCAUCCGCAACGCAUUCUCUCUCGUGCAAGAUCCAUUCGGCAACUACGUCGUCCAGUACAUCCUCGACCUCGCUGAGCCCUGCUUCACCGAGCCACUCUGCCGUGCCUUCUACGGCGAGAUUGCGAGCAUGUCGCGCCAGAAGUUCAGCUCCAACGUCAUCGAGAAGUGCAUCCGCUGCUCCAAGCCGGACACACGCCGCCACAUCGUCGCCGAGAUUGCAGUUCCACAGACGCUUGAGAAGCUUCUCCGUGACGGCUUCGCCAACUACGUCGUGCAGACGGCUAUGGAUUUUGCUGAUGACGAGGUGAAGCCCAUGAUCAUGGAGAAUGUGCGCUUGAUCCUACCAGGCAUCCGCAACACUCCUCACGGCCGGCGCAUCCAGAGCAAGCUCGCUGACUACGACAACCGCAACUCCAACCCAAACCCUCCCAGCACCAUUCUGUCUCCUCUCGAGUCGUCCAACCCGACUUCGAUGGCUUUCGCUGGCGCUGCCACUCAGCAGACUCCUCCUGCUCCAUCUCGCGCCAACCGUCACGGCAUCGUCGGUGCCCCACCGCAGUGGUCUGCGAACGGUAGCAACUUCACAGGUGGAUUCGACAGCACCAACUACAGCGCCGGCUACGCCAAUGGCAACGGCGAGUCUGUUACCUCUCCUACUCCACAGCGUGGUGGUCCGAACUACGCCACAUUCAACGGUGGUGGCCAGAACUUCCAGAACGGCUUUCCCGCCCAAGGCUAUGCCGCCCGUGGUCAGCCAUACGGCCACUUCUGA